GACGUAUGACUUGAAGACUAUCCUGAUCAGCAUGGGCAUGGAGGACGCUUUUGGUGUUGGAAGCGACUUUUCUGGUAUGUCCACAGCCAAAAACCUGGUACUGUCAAAAGUUGUCCACAAGAGUUUCGUGGAAGUCAAUGAGAAGGGAACUAAGGCUGCUGCUGCCACUGCUGGAGGCAUAAUGGCACUCUCUCGUCCCCCAAGUUUCACUGCAGAUCAGCCCUUCCUCUUCUUCAUCCGACAUAACCCCACCAACACUGUUCUCUUUGCUGGCCGAUACUCCUCUCCUGAGUGAGCUCUGCUGCUCGUCCUGUAGACAUGGACGGAUUAUGAGUCAAAGACAUCUUGAGCACAGGGCUCUGACCCCUCCUUCAUAAGAACAAGAGACACAGAUUCUCUUUGGAGAUGUUUUGGAUCACUUUUUGGUAACUUUGGUGAUCUUUGUCGUUGUUUUGCAUCUGUGGUUGGUUUGUGGCUUCAUUUUGUGUCUUCUAGUAGUUGGUUUGGGUCUCUGUGGUCAUUUUUGUGUCUCUUUUGGGGUUUUUAUGUUUAUGUUUUUAGUAAUUGAAUUAUGAGUCAACAUGAAAUUUCCCCAGUUCCUUAUUUACAGGAAGAUAUUUAUUUUCCAUAUUUUAAGUUAUGUGAAAUUUUAUGUUUGAAUACACAAAUGAUGCAAUAUCUAACUGAAAUUUGGGCAACAACAACAAACACCUUGAUGUGUGUUUUGGAUUCUCCUUUUCACUAUAGUCCACAGGAAGCCAUGUUAUGGAGGCAAAAUAGCCAAAAAUCACAAAAUUGACCCUAUGCAUGAGGAAAAAAUUGUUUUUACCUUAAAAGUAACAAUUUCAAUGAAAUGAGCACUUCCGGUAAGAAUCAGCUUUCCCACACAGCAUAAAAUAUGAGACAAUGUGCAAUCGGGCCGCUGUGAGAGAGAAUGAAUGGGAAUACGCAACAUUUACUAACUCAGUGUGUCAUCAUUUUAACAUUGUACAGUAAUAACUCUGCGUAUUGUCAUGAUUUUGCUUGUGUAACCUUAGAAUAAAAGUGCAUAAAAUCUUUUUUUUUAAAA